AUGAGUAUUAUCUGGUUCUACAUAAUUGCAAGUGUGCUUGUAGCUCUGUUGGUGCAAUUUGGUGUUAUUUUUGGGGUUAAUCCAUCUCUCCUUGGAUUAACUAUAUUGGCACGGGGUAACUCAAUGGGUGAUUUGAUGUUAAAUGUUGCACUGGCGAUGAAUGGUGGGGAUGGUGUGCAGAUUGCCUUGUCUAGUGGAGCCAUGCCUGUAGGGCAAGCUUAUGAAGCAAUGAACAAUGCUGGGUACGUACCCCGAAUUCUGACAAGAUUGUUAUCCAACGACAACAAUGUGACCUGCACUUACAGUUUUUGGAAGUGUAAUGGGAUAAAAGACUCCAUCAGUAAGCUUGUUUCUGACUUGAACAUUGCAAAAUUGGAGGCUGAUGUCGAUGUCGUUGUAGCACCUCCAUUUGUUUACCUUGACCAGGUAAAGAUUUCAUUAACAGAUCAGAUUGAGAUAUCUGCUCAGAACUCUUGGGUUGGGAAAGGUGGUGCUUUCACAGGAGAAAUCAGUGUGGAACAAUUGAAAGACAUUGGCUGCAACUGGGUUAUCCUUGGGCACUCUGAGAGGAGACAUGUUAUUGGUGAAGAUGAUCAGUUCAUUAGAAAGAAAGCUGCUUAUGUCUUGAGCUAAGGUCUUAAAGUAAUAGCUUGUAUUGGAGAACUGUUACAAGAAAGAGAAGCAGGAAAAACUUUUGAUGUCUGUUUUCAGCAAAUGAAGGCUUUUGCAGAUGCUGUACCCAGUUGGGAUGAUGUAGUUAUUGCAUAUAAGCCGGUUUGGGCUAUUGGAAUUGGUAAAGUGGCCACACCCCUGCAGGCACAGGAAGUACACAUAGUUGUUCGUGAUUUACUUAAAAAGAAUGUCUCAGCUGAAUUUGCUUCUAAAACACGAAUUAUUUAUGGAGGUUCAGUGAAUGGGAGCAAUUGUUCAGAGCUCGCCAAACAAGAGAAUAUUGAUGGGUUUCUUGUUGGCGGUGCUUCUUUAAAGGAUCCUGAAUUUGCUGUGAUUGUCAACUCUGUAACAUCCAAGAAGGUUGCUACUUGA